CAGCGAUAAGUUCGAUUUCAAUUUUCAACGAACCGUACUCGAUAUUUUCGUAGUAUUCACUGUUCGUCCAAUACAAUCGUACUUCGACAGUUCGUCAGUACUCAGUCGGUAGACCUUGAUCGUGUUUGAUGAUUCGACAUUUCCAAUUCUGAAUUCGUAUUUUGUUCUUUGCGAAACCCGUCACACGCGUUAACAUAAAAAUCAUAAUAAUUAAUAAUAAAAAUGACAACAGAAUAAGCAAACCGUACACACCACCAUGGAUGGAAAUGGACUUGCCACCUCGCCGAUACUCGAGGAAACAUUUUACGCGCUGUCAAGAAAGCAGUACUCAUAUAAGGUGUCACUGACGAACGAAGGUCUACACUUGACCAAGAAAAGUGACGAUGGGACUGAGAAAACCGACCUGAUACACAUCCGCGAUAUAAUUGGCUGUAAGUGCAUGCGGAAUAGUGGCAAGUCCGGCCACUGUGCCUGUCGGCCGGUAAAAGGAGGCUCAACAAAAGCCACCAAAGACACCACAACAGAAACAGAUGAGUGUCAGGUGCGAGUGCCGUAUGUAGAGGCCGGUGAUUACAGUGCGUACUUAAGUGUAUAUGCAUAUGUACUGAAGAAUGUUGGGUCUAAGAACGAGAAGCGUGACAAGAUGACUGUCACACUGAGGUUCAGAAACUUCAACAGUUAUGAUGAGAACAACCGAGUGGCAGCGAAGUGGAAAUUGGCCAUCAAAUCACUAUUACGGGCUAGGUGUGAGGACGGUACUAUUGUUGCACCUUCAGACGACCAUUACUUAGGUAAUCAUUUAUUAGUGAUUGUGAAUCCAAAAAGUGGUGUUGGAAAAUCACGUGAAAUAUUUCAACGUAAAAUAGUACCUAUUUUAAAUAUGGCUGAUGUUGACUACGAUUUGCAUAUUACAUGCAUGCAAAAUGAUGCUAGGAACUUGAUGAGAACGAGUAACAUCUAUAAAUGGGGCCGAGGUGUGGUAGUGCUCGGCGGUGAUGGGCUUAUGUUCGAAGUGAUUAACGGUCUCAUGGAACGAUCAGACUGGCAGCGAGCCUUCGAAUAUCUGACCCUGGCCGUCAUACCUGGUGGUUCCGGCAAUGGGAUGGCCAAGUCGAUAAGUUUCGAGACCAACGAACCUUACAAUCCGGAUCCCAUUCUCAUAUCAGCGCUAAACAUUGUCGGCGGUAACAGGUGUCCAAUGGAUCUAGUUAGAGUCGAGACUCUAACACAAGUCGUAUACUCUUUUCUAUCGAUCGGUUGGGGUUUUAUUGCUGACAUUGAUAUAGAGAGCGAGAGACUUAGGAUGAUAGGUAGCCCCAGGUUUACUAUAUGGAGUAUUGCUAGACUUAUUGGUCUAAGGAGUUAUCCCGCCCGAUUGUCGUAUUCCAAAAUUGACAAUCUAGAAACCGAGACCAGAAUGAACAAUUAUGCGAGAGGCUCGUCAGGUGAUUUCCAAGAGGUCAUCGACGACGAACCAGUAUCGAUUGAAUUCGGAAUGGAUCCGUUACAAGGAGACUUCGAAAUACCACGUGAGCGGAUCGAGAGUUUUUCGUCGAUAAUAUCCAAGCGCACGGCGUUCAUGUCUGUCAACGAAGCGCCGAGCUUUUCGUCAAUACCAGACGUAAUCGAGGGAUCCGAAGUUUGGGUGCGCGGACCUAUAUCUAAACUCCCUCCGCUUUCCGAUCCGGUUCCGUCAGACUGGGUAGUCGUUGAAGACGAGUUCGUGAUGAUACAUGCUUCAUAUCUAUCUCACAUAAGCGAAGACGUAAUACUAGCGCCCAAAUCAAAAUUGAAUGACGGUGUGAUCUGGCUGCUUGUUAUUAAAAAUGGAAUAUCCAGAACGACUUUCCUACAAUUUUUGUUGGGCCUGUCUUCCGGAAACCACUUGGCCGUACCCAACGUCGAAAUGAUCCCCGUGCGAGCGUUCCGGCUCGAACCACUGUCGCAAGGCAGCCACCUGGUAGUCGACGGCGAAAAGCUGAAGCACAGUCCGAUACAAGCGGAAAUCAUGCCCGGCAUCACUAACGUGUACGCCCGGCAAAAGUUCUCCUGAUGGCUCGUCUCAGGCGGGUGCGAUCGAACACGACACAAGAGUGAUGAAUACAUUAUUUAUAAUAAUGUAGUUUACGUAAUUUGUUAUUUUUUUAUAAUUUUUUAAAUCCACAGAAAAUUUGUCGAUAUUAUUACCUCGCUCGUAUAAUAUUAUGCAUACCGCGUUGUUGUUUCCCGCCUCUUUUGUUGCUCGAGAGGCGUGUUUUAUAUUUAAUUUAUUAUUAACUAUCAAUAUUUAUUUUGAAUUAUUCGUUCUAUUCGCCACUAGCGACGUUACCAUAAUGUAAUAUUAUAUUUUUUCUCUUUAAAUUAUCCUCGUGUUAUGGGACCAUUUGUUUAUUAGGUGAAUAGGUUGUUAAACGUUACGUUAUAAUUAUUAAGGUCAAAAAAAAUAUGAUAAUUAACAUAUAGUCAAUAAUUACCGUCUUGGUAAAUGAAUAAAUUAUUUGUAUUUUUUCUUCGCUCAAUCUUUAUUGUACCCAGUGCUAACACUAAGUUUUAGGAGGCUCAGGACUGAAUAUUUUACAGUACAUAAAGCACACAUCAACAUAUCAACUAAUAUUAUUAUUUUUAUAUUGUAAUAGCUAAUAUAUAUAUAUAUAUAUGUAAAAAAUAUAUAGUAUAGAUAUUUGGUGUUAUGAACACAGUGUAGAAUAAGAAGAGAUUUUUUCUCACAGAAACAUGUUAGUGCGAUGGCCUGCUUGUCCGUCCUUGAUUGUGCCUAAUCGAGAAUUAUGGAAUUACUUUACAAUUACAAGUCAAUUACGUAUGUCUAUCAUUGUGAUUAUACUUUUUGUACUACUUAAGUUAAAAAAAAAAAUAAUAAUAAAGUUACCAUGAAUUUUAAA